AUGUGGGCCGACGACGAGCGAGAUUCGGGUCCUCCUCGCGGUGGCCCUGGUCCGAGGGGCAACGCGCCCGGUUAUUAUGGCGACUCAAGGGGUCCUGCUGAUUCCAGAGGGCCGGGACCCGGCGGGUACUUCGACGAAAGGGGUGGGCGGGACGCAGGAGGGUUUGGGGGACCGGGUAACUGGGACGGACCGCCGCCUUAUGGUGCGAUUGGCCCAGGGCAGAUGGGCAGGGGACGGGGGUAUAUAGAUGGGCCUCCAGGGGGGGGUAUGGGGCGUGGGGGGCGUGGCGGUGGGGUUGGGGGUGGUGGGGUUGGAGGUCCUGGGUAUCAGCCUGAUUUCGACCGCUUCGGCCCGGGAUUUCCGGGGCGGGGAGGCGGAUUUGGCGGCGGAUUCGGCGGCGGAUUCGGUGGCGGGUUUGGCGGUGGGCGUGGCGAUCUGCAUUCGCGGUCGUUCGGCCCGGGGGGGGCGCGUGAGCGUGGGGAAAGGUUUAUGGGAGGUGACGUGUUCGGUGACGUGUCAUUGCCUCGGCCGGAGUUCCAGUCUCUGCCACGUGUCGGCGUGGAGCCGCCUCCUAGCUUGGCUCUCCUUGCGCUGUCGCGGAAAAAGAAGGAGGACGCGGAAGCCGCCGCCGCCGCCAGCGAAUUUCGGGAUUUGGAGCGGGAGAGGUUCGAGGCGGAACUAGAAAGGGUUCAGAAUCAGAAGGAGCAGGAGAAGCAGAGGAAGGAGGAGGAGGAGCAGCGGGCGAUGGAGAUGGCGCGGCAGCAGGAGGAGGAGAUGGUGCGGAAGGCGCGGGAGGAGGAAGAGCUGCGCGCGCGCGCGGAGCAGGAGGCACGGGAGGCGGAACUGCGCGCGCAGAUGGAGGCGGAAGCCGCGGCGCGGAGGCUGGAGGAGGAGCGGCGGAAGGUGCAGGAGGAGAAGCAGCGGAUCCGGGACGAGGAGGAGAGGCGGAAGGAAAACGCGCGGAAGAAGCUGCAGGAGCUUGAAGAUAGAAUUGCGAGAAGACGAGCGGAGGAGGAGGCGAGACGAGCGGAGGGGGGAGGCGACGGGGAGGGAGAUUCGAAGGAGGAGCAGGAGCAGGAGAAGGAGAAGGAGCAGGAACAGGUGGCAGAUAGCUGGGAAGACUCGGAUAGGGCAGACGCUGCAGCAGAGGCGGCAGAGGCAGCGGCAGCUGGCGGUAAGGCAGACGCGGCAGCGGGUAGGGCCGAAGGGCAGGUGUUAGUGGAGGUGGGUGGCGCAACGGCGGAAGUCUCGGAAACUGUGAAGCAGGAGGUAUUGGAUCAAGCGGGGGCGGAGGCUGGAAGCUUGGAGGAUGGCCAGGGGAACGCAAGUCGAGGGGAAGGGAAGUCGGCGGGAGAAGGCGCGGGGUUGGGUCAAGUGACGGUGGAAGCGGAAAGCGAUGCGGAGAAGCAGGAGCGCGGGGGAGCAGAGGCGCAAAACGAGCAGCAGGUGCAGCAGCAGCAGCAGGCGGCGGCGGCGGCGGGGGAGGCGGGGGAGCAAAACAAGGGGGGCUCGCCGGAGCUCCCCCCUGGGGCGGAGUUGCGCGGAAUGGAUCCGUACCAUGCGCCGUACCCCUCUAGGCACCCCGGCGCAGGCCCCAUGCUCUCGUCCUUUGCCUACAAUCAACCGCUCGCGCGCUAUCCUGGAUCGCACAUAGACUCGCACGGGUCGCAGGAGCGUUAUUUAGGCGAAAGGCAGCAGGAUAUGUGGGGAGUGGGGGGUAUGGGGGAGAUGGGCGGGAUUGGGCGGGAUUUUGGUGGCGCCGGGGGGAAUGGCGGGGAAUUAGGGUUUGCGCCUUGGAAGAUGCACCAGCAGUUUUUCCCGCCGGGGAUGAUUGGCCCCGGGGGGGGUUUCCCCGGUGCUUCGCAUCUCCUGGUCCCCCCUCACGCGCCCCCGCAUGCGCAGCUUCACGCGCACCCGCACCACGCGCAUCCCCACCACGCGCACGCGCACGCGCAUCACUCCGCGCCCGGUAUGCCCCUUCCGCAGCAGCACCACCUGCACGGGCAGCAACCCCCUCUGCUGCACCGCCCCGUCACCAUCUCCCCCCCGUCCUCCUCGUUCUUUGGCAACGGGGACAUCACGCGCGGGUUUCACAUGCUCGGGGGCGGCGCCGCAGGCGGGGGGGCGCAUGCCGCCAUGGGGAUGGGCGGGGGAGGGGCAGGGGGUGGGGGAGGGCCGUUCGCGGGCCCGCCAGGCGGAGCUCCCUUGGGUGCGCCGCUCCAGUACUUUGAUAAGUCUGUAGGGCCCACACCCAUGCGGAACCAGUACAUCGGCGGACCAGGCCCCGUGGGGCGCUUUCCGCCAGGCAACCCCAUAGGCGCGGUUGGCGCAGCUGCGGGGGGAGGGGGCGGGAUGGGGCGCGCGGUGGGGGUGGUGGGGGAGCCUGGGGGACUGGGCCCCGCAGGGCUGGGGGGGAGGCAGUAUCAAGAGCGCAGGGGGGAUGGCCAGGGUGGGGAUUACUAUGGGCGGGAGGAAGGCGGACUGGGGGCCGUGGAUGGGGGCAUGGGCGGAAGGGAUAGGCGACCCUUCUCACAGUCAGGAGUGGCCCCUUAUAUGAUCCAAAUCGGCUCCAUGCCCAUUCCUUUCAGCAUGGGCUCUCUCGGGCAGGAUGAAAACAAUUCCGGCUCUCAGCUGCCCGUUUUCCAGUUCGGGCAGAUUGGCGUGCCAGCGUCGUCGCCUUCCCCGAUCCUGGAUGGAUCGAUGGCCGAAGCUCUUUUAGGUAUGGAUGUGGGAGGGCAUGUAGGGGCAGGCAUGGGGAAUUCGGCAGUAGGAGGGGUGGCUUCAGGUCCACACCAGCAAAUGCAGCUGGAACUGCAGCAGCGGCAGCAGCAGUUGGUUCUGGGCGCGGGGGGAGGGGCGGCCAAGACAGGGAAUCCGCGGGCAGAGGUCCGGCGGCGGAAGGCCAGGGCUAUGGCGGUAGAUCGGGGGCGUGGGGAGGCGGAGGGGGGGGCGGAGGGGGAGGGGGAGGCAGGGGAGGGGGAGGGUACGGAGGGGGAAGAGGGGGAGCGCAGGAUUGGCAAGGGAGGGGGCAAGGGGGGCGGUGGGGGUAUGGGGAGAGCCGAGGGGGUGGGAGGUGGCAGGGAGGAAGGGGAGGGAGAGGGAGAGAGGGGGGAGGGGGAGCAGCGGGUGGGGGCAGUUGGAGGCCACGGGGGGGAGCAGAGGGUUCUGGUGGUGGGCGGGGGGAGGAGAGGGGAGGGCAGAGUAGCAGGGGCAGAGGUGGCAGCAGUAGCAGUGGAAGAGAAGGGAGGUAGGGCUGUGCGUUAA